CAGUGCUUCCGUUCCCGGCAAAAAAACAGAGUCGAGUCGGAGUCUUGCAAUCCCAAGAAUUUCCUCCAUGACCACCGCUACUCGAUUGAAGGGCUUCGGCGCUGCCAUUGUUGCGGUUGCCGGAGCUUAUGGUGCAUUGGGUUUCAGGGAUCCAGUCCUGUCCGAGAAUGAUCGAGGGAAUAUCUACAGUAUUCGUAGCAAGAUCAACGACGUUAACGCUGUUGUCCCGUCGAGGGAAGUCCAAGAAUCUGUUUUGAUGGCCGCCAGUUCGGUCAAUCCUCUCGAUGUUCUUGUUGUCGGAGGUGGCGCCACCGGGUGUGGAGUCGCGCUAGAUGCCGCGUCGAGGGGGCUCCACGUUGGGCUUGUCGAGAGAGAAGAUUUUUCGUCGGGGACUUCCUCCAGGUCCACCAAGCUAAUUCAUGGUGAAGCUCUCUACAACCUGUUUUGCAAUUUCUCAAGAAGUGAGACUCUUCAUUACAAUGGGGUUCGCUAUUUGGAGAAAGCUGUUUUUAACUUUGACUAUGGGCAACUGAGGUUGGUUUUCCAUGCACUCAAGGAACGUAAACAAGUUAUUGAAAAUGCUCCCCACUUGUGUCAAGCCUUGCCAUGCAUGACACCAUGUUUUGACUGGUAUGAAGUAGUGUACUAUUGGAUGGGGUUGAAACUAUAUGAUCUGGUUGCAGCAAGACACCUUCUACAUCUUUCUCGAUAUUACUCUGCACAAGAAUCAAUUGAACUCUUUCCAACUCUUGCCAGGAAGGGUAAUGACAAAAGCUUGAAGGGUACAGUUGUGUACUAUGAUGGACAGAUGAAUGACUCCCGACUUAAUGUUGGACUGGCAUGCACUGCUGCAUUGGCGGGUGCAGCAGUUCUUAACCAUGCAGAAGUGAUAGAUUUUCUUAAGGAUGAUGUUACGGAACGGAUAGUUGGUGUUCAUAUCCGAAACAAACUGACAGGCAAGGAGUUUGAUACAUAUGCAAAAGUUGUUGUUAAUGCCGCUGGGCCAUUUUGUGACUCUGUGAGGAAGCUCGCAGACAAGGGUGCACAGUCCAUGAUCUGUCCUAGCAGUGGGGUUCACAUUGUUCUUCCUGAUUAUUAUUCUCCAGAAGGAAUGGGCUUAAUUGUUCCAAAAACCAAGGAUGGCCGUGUUGUUUUCAUGCUGCCAUGGUUGGGAAGAACAAUUGCAGGAACAACAGAUUCUAGCACUACAAUUACAAUGCUUCCAGAACCACGUGAAAGUGAGAUACAAUUCAUACUGGAUGCCAUCUGUGAUUACCUUAAUGUUAAGGUACGCCGCACAGAUGUUCUCUCUGCUUGGAGUGGUAUUCGACCAUUAGCGAUGGACCCUUCAGCAAAGAACACUGAGAGCAUUUCUAGGGAUCAUGUUGUGUGUGAAGAUUACCCUGGAUUAAUCACAAUUACAGGUGGAAAAUGGACUACAUACAGAAGCAUGGCAGAAGAUGCGGUCAAUGCAGCUAUAAAAUCUGGCAAAUUGAGCCCAACCAAUGGCUGUUUGACUAACCACCUGCGAAUUGUUGGGGGAGAUGGUUGGGAUCCUGCUUCAUUUACAGUGCUUGCUCAACAAUAUGUUCGAAUGAAGAAAGCAAAUAAUGGUGAGGUUGUUCCAGGGGUAAUGGACAGUGCUGCAGCCAAACAUUUAUCUCAUGCUUAUGGAACUUUAGCUGAACGAGUGGCUGCCAUAGCUCAGAAUGAAAAUCUUGGGAAGCGGCUUGCCCAUGGAUAUCCUUUUUUGGAAGCCGAGGUUGCAUACUGUGCCCGGCAUGAGUACUGUGAGUCUGCUGUUGAUUUUGUUUCUAGGAGAUCUAGGCUUGCAUUUCUGGACACUGAUGCAGCAGGUAGAGCAUUGCCACGCAUAAUUCAAAUACUGGCCACUGAACACAAAUGGAACGAAUCAAGGCAGAAGGAAGAGUUACAUAAAGCAGAAGUUUUCUUGGAAACUUUUAAGUCAUCUAAAAAUGCUCACUUCCUCGAUGGUAAGCAUACAGGGUUAGGGUUAUGAUUUUGGAAAAUAAUGUGUUUCUAGAAGGCUUAGUUUUGGAUCUCCAUGAUCGAUUUCCUUGCACAAGUGGUUGUAAGAGAAAUCUCCCAAACUCUUCUUGCGAGGAAGUUAUAGUUUGUUUUUAUUUACCAUGUUAAUCAAACUUGAUUCAGUGGUUUGGCACCACCACUGCACUUCACAUAUUUUCACAAUUUUCCCAUCUCUGAAGAGGCUUUUGAUUCUUUUGAAUUUGUAAAUUCUAUACCAUGUUUUAAGUUAUUUCCCCCGUCUGUGGGCUUCAGUGUCUUGUGUAAUUAAUAUCUUUAUGUGCCACUGAUUCUCAUUUUUUCCUUU